AUGGCUUACGCUUCAAUUGUUACACAGGAGCUUGCACAGCUGAUAGAGGAAGCGAACCAGUCGCUGGAGGAGUCAGGCACGCCGUGUCACGAGAUCGUGGUGGUCGUGCUGCACAGAGAGGUCGCGAGUUAUGGGUCCGUGGGGCUCACUCUUGCAGGGGGCGCCGACUACGACACCAGGGAGAUCUCUGUUCACAAGAUCAUCCCGGGAAGUCUGGCGGACAGGGAUGGUCGUAUCCAGAGGGGAGACCGCGUCAUUUCCAUCAAUGGGAAGACCCUCCGUGGCGUCACUCACAGGGAGGCCCUUGCUAUACUCAAAUCACCGAGGCCUGAAGUUGUGCUGGUGCUGUCGAGGAGUCGCUCUGUAACUCCUCAGGACAUCACCAACGCGUCCAGCGGCGCGUAUGUCGUCACGGGGGGCGGCGCCCCCGACGGGGAACCCUCCUUCUGCCACCGCCCGGUCUUCAUGAACGCUGUCAACCACAUUGCUUCCCAUAGACCUCCGAAAAUUCUCGAGUCACCUAUGGACAGCAAGAGUUUAGUCUCAGACGUGCAAAUGCCGCCGGUGCCGCGGGGGCCGCCGUUCGCCAUCGCGCUCGUGAAGGACGGCGCGGGCCUUGGCUUCUCCCUGGAGGGCGGCAAGGAUUCUCCCCUCGGCGACCGCCCUCUCAUCGUCAAGAAAAUAUUCACAGGAGGGGCAGCCGACAAGGGAGGCAUCCUGCGUGUGGGGGAUGAGAUCUUGAGCAUCAAUGCCGUUGACGUGACCAUCAUGGCGCGUAUAGAGGCCUGGAACUUCCUCAAGAAACUCCCGGACGGUAAAGUUAGUCUUGUCAUCCGUCAAAAACUUGCUGAAGGAGCUGCGAGUGACCAAGAAAAAAUGCCCGAGAAAAGAAACGAAGUCAACGGAGCAAACCGCGAAAAAAUUGACAAAGAAAAUUUUGAUUCAAACAAUGUCUGAGUCUAAUUCAGUUGAUAUUGUAUUGAAACAAUUUAAAUGGGCCAAGAAUUUAGAGGGCCUGCAAUUAUACUUUAUUGUGAUGCCUACGAACUUUUUUGAAUCAUUCAAGAAUAAUUCAUGGUUUCCUUGUUGGACUUGAUAAUCUAAAUAGUGUAUUAAAAUAUCUUAUUUUCUUUUCUGAAUAACUAAUUUAAAGUGAUUAGAAAAAGUCAUCCUUAUUUGUCAUUUAACCGUAUUUUAACAAGUAAUUAAACACUUAUUUUAGUUAGUAUUUUUUCCAUAGAAUGGUGCUAAUUUUCAUUUGCGAGAAAAGGUCUAAGGGAAAGCAGUUUUUUUCAAAUUAUAUGAAGUCCAUAAUACCUAUAUACACUAGUGUUAUUUGGCCUAGUAUGAAAUCACAUUAUUAUUCCCAUGAGUUGAGUUGAAAUUAUCACUACUGUUGACUAAUGAGUUGGCGCUAUGCUGAUUAGUGAGAAGGGCUACGUACAUGUCCACAAAAGGAAGACGUACGGCCGCCCAUUUUCUGAGAAAAAUUAUGGCUUGAUUUCUCUAUAUAUUCAGUAGCAUGAUUUUAUUUAUAUUUUAAAUUGGGUUUUUGGUAGGCUGUGAUUAUGUUCACUUAUUUCUGUGCUACUAUUCUGUUUAAUUUGUCGUUUCUCCUUCUGUCCGUAUAACUAUUAUAAUAUAACAGCAAACGUAUUGCACUUCUUUCAUUACCGCGAAAAUUUGCCUUCUUUAUUUUAUUUCACUUCGUAAGUAUUGCAUUAUAUGAUUCUCUAAUGGUAAUUCAUGUACGAGUACUUAUAGAAAUUGCAAUGUACAUGAAAAUUGGGGCACACAAGGUUUAUACAUUGGAGACAGAGUGAAAGAAAAAUAGUGUUGAUUGUCUAUUAUAUCAAUUUUCAAAUGCUAAAUGUCAUCGAUUAUCUGGCUUCUUUGUUAUCUUAUUCCUAAGUUCCUCUUGAUAUCCGGACUGUAAUAUCAAGUCUAGGCUUUGUUUUUUCUAUUCACUGUUGACGAAUAUGGACUACACUUAUGUACAGAAAUUUUCAAGAUUUCCAGACAAUUUAUUUCUCGUGGUUUAAUUGCUAGCAUACACAUUAGUAACUAUCCACACUAUCCCUUUAGACAUUAUUUCAGUGAUAAUUUGUGUUUAUUAUCUUUGGUACGGAUUGGAAGGGAAGGCGUGUCUUUCUACAUUGUGCCCUUGCCUUCGAAGAAAUAGUUUAACUAGUACACUGAGAUGUCUUUACGUAUUAGUUUCAAUAAAACCUAUAAUUAUUCCUGCGUUCAUGCAUAAGCUUUUGGCUUAAUGGUGUUUCGGUCCUAUGUACUCUAGCUUCCAACGAAGCUCUCUUCGGAACCAGUAUUAUAUAUGUAUUUGGUCUAGAAGAGAUACUCCAUUUUAUGCUUAUAUCUUUUACGCUGCUUUAGCUGAAGGCUGUGAAGUGCCUUUUGCCAUCAACAUCAAUUUGUUGCUACUAAAUAAUGAGUCUUACUUAAACUAUGUCAUGAAAUGUUCAUUUUGCAUUGUAGUUGUCCAUUGUAAUUAUAAUAUUUGAUAUUUUUCUUUAUAUAAGCUAACAUCAUAUAUCAGUCCAUUGAACUCCCCGUCCAACAAUGAGUCAACUAUUCAAGUAUCUUCGAUCCUUCGUGGUCAUUAAAAUACUUUCAAUCGGUCUAUCCUGAACUGCGGUUGAAAGUUGACUAUAUAUUAUCAGUAUUCAUCGAGAUAUUAGAGUUAAUUAGAGACGGUUUCUCGUACACUUAAAUCUGUUUUAUUAAGUUUGUACAUACCUUAAUGUGUAGUCGGCUUGUAGGUUGCAAAGCUCCUAAAAUUUUGUAUUUUAUUUUAAUCGUUGAGUACCUUUUACGUCUUCCAUAGCGUGUAUGUCAUAUCAGUAAAGAAUGCGGUGCUUUGAGGGAUUAAAGGACUCGAUAAUAU